AUGCUAUUGAUCUAUCACUCUUUUUUUUUUCUUAAAGUAAAGAUCUUCAUUUCUUCAUUUCAAAGGGUCUGUGUCUUUUGUGGAAGUAAUUCAGGGAACAGAAACAUCUUCAGUGAUGCAGCUCUUGAUCUUGGAAGAGAACUGGCGGAGAGGAAGAUGGAUUUGGUGUAUGGAGGAGGAAGUGUUGGGCUGAUGGGAUUGGUUUCUCAAACAGCUUUUGAUGGUGGAUGUCAUGUGCUAGGAGUUAUCCCAACUACACUUAUUCCUGUUGAGAUAUCUAGCCAUGCAGUGGGAGAAGUGUUGAUUGUAUCAGAUAUGCACAAAAGGAAGGCUGAAAUGGCUCGUCGAGUUGAUGCUUUUGUCGCUCUUCUUGGAGGAUAUGGAACCAUGGAAGAGUUGCUUGAGAUGAUAACAUGGUCUCAGCUUGGGAUACAUGACAAACCAGUAAGUUAA